AUGUCGAUUGUAGGAGUGAACUCCCAAAACGACUAUAACGAGGAAGAUGUGGAAAAGCUCCAGACCCAUCUGUCCUCUCUCGAAGACCGCUCCGUUGAAGAGUAUACAGGUUUCCAUGCCCAAGACAUUCAAAAGUUGGCCAGGACUUACACAAAUGACGACACCAAUUCAGCCUCGGGUUUAAAGAGAUAUUUGUCACAUAUGUCGCAGGUGCCAGGUAUAAAUCCAAUUGAACAAGAGGAAGCAAAAGAUGAAAGAUUGGAUCCCAACUCAGACAGUUUUGAUGCCAAGUUUUGGGUCAAGAACAUGAGAAAACUAUUCGACAACAAUCCAGACUAUUACAAGCCUUCAAAGUUGGGUGUGGCUUAUAGAGACUUGAGAGCGUAUGGUACAGCCAACGAUACCGAUUACCAACCAACUGUGACAAAUGCUCUUUGGAAACUCACCACAGAGGCCGUGGGGU